AUAAAUCGUUAUCGUUCAAAGGGUGGUAGGUGAUUUAGAACUCGACUUGUGUUUGUAUUGUUACCUUAAGUAUAUCGAAAUCAUACCCAUAGAUAUUGAAUCACGCAACUUCAGCACAAAAAGAGACAGUUUGAUUAGUGGAAAGUUAUUGAAUAUGGCCAUGGGGACCCACUGGCAAUAUGCGGAUUCCUUUGCAGACACGAACCUUAAGAUGCUCGAAAAUGUAGCACUCUGUGACGUCACAUUAGAGGCCGGAAAUGAGAAGAAGCAGAUCAAAUGUCACAAAUUCAUUCUUGCCAGCCGUAGUCCAGUCUUCUAUGCCAUGUUCUGUGGAACACUGGCUGAAUCAAAAGAUGUUAUCUGCCUUCCAGAUAUUGAGCCUUCUACACUUGAGGUUUUCUUACGGUACCUUUAUAACGGCAAGAUCGAAAUAAACGCGGCCACAGUUCUUAGUAUACUCUACGCAGGAAAGAAAUACGAUAUACCUGGAUUGGAAUGCAAGUGCAAAGCAUUUCUUAAUGAAAAUAUUGAUACCGAGAAUGUAUGUACAGUUCUGGACCAGGCAAUGUUGUUUGACGAUGAAGAUCUAAAGGCAAAAAGCUUGGAAUUUAUAAUCGGAAGGUCAAACGAAGUUUUGAAGUCAGAUGCGUUUGUAGGAAUGUCAAAGUCUGGAUUGCAAGAGGUGCUAAAAUUAGACACUAUUGACGCCAGUGAAAGCGAAUUAUACGUUGCGUGCAAACGUUGGGCUGCUCGGAGAUGCAAAGCAGCGGACAAACAGGAAACCGAUGCAAAUAUAAGGAAAGAGUUGGGUGAUGAAGUGAUUUACCAGAUCAGGUUCCCAGCAAUGACUUUAGAAGAAUUUACAAAUGUUGUUGCCUCUGAGAAUAUUCUUAGUGAAAGGGAGAUGCUAAACGUGUAUCGAAGUAUCGGAAAUAAGCAAAUUGACUCAAUGUUUAAUAACAAGGAAAGAAGCUUCAAACGUGAGAAAUUCUUAUUCGUGAGGUGUCAAACACUUGAAGAACGAUGGUUGUGCAAUGGGUCAGAGGAUGGUCUCUGUUUUACAGUUUCGAAAGAUUGUAAAAUGACUGCUGUAGAUUUGUUUUUACCAGUCGAAGAAGGUUCUGUGAGUGGUUAUCUAGAAAUUCUAAAUGGUAGCGCUGUUAUUCAUACACAAAAUGUUACACUGAAGUACACUGAAGGCGCUAAACACACGCUGGUGAAUUUAACCCAACCUAUAAAACUGUUUACAGGUACAAAAUACACGAUAAGGCAACGUCUGACAGGAACUUUUGUGUACUAUUGUGGUACGUGCCAUAGCAAUAUUACGAUGCAAGGCUUAACUCUGUCGCUGUACAAUAUGAACAAUUUCAGUCCUUACAGAACAUCCGUUUCAACAGGAAAAUUUUACGGAUUUGAACUUUUGAUUAUAAACAAAACCUCCUCCUGUACGAAUAUAACACAAUAGUGAAUGGUAUUUGCUAUAGGUGGCUUAAACAGUUUUGAUUUUUCAUAAUUCACCUUUAUGCGAUCGUACCCUCUCUAUUCAACCAACAUAGUAAGCAUCUACUCCGUAUGCUAAACAUAUAUGUUCAAGUGAAUUAUUUAUUCCCGAUGCAAUAGCAAUAUAAACUUCAAUAAACGAAUUUAUCAUAGCGAAUAUCCAUAUUAACGUUCUUUAUUAAAAAAAAAACAUCAAGACAUACCAACGCUAGUAACCUAUUAAUAAUUUUUUAUUAUAUACCUGUUUAACGCUUUUAACAAAAUACAGGUUGUAUCAAUCGUUGAAAUAAAAAAUCCCGUAUUACGCUACUCGCUGUUUCCAAUUCCGUAUUACCAUACUAGCCGGACUACUUCGACCCAUUUAAUGACGUCUUAUUACACGCACCGAAAAUAGAAAUAUUUCAUAUUACGAAAUAUAUUACGUAGUACAUCGUGUGACGUCAUUUCUGUGACAAAACACGAUAGUUUUAUCUAAACUCUGUAACGACAUGUCGGACGUAGUGUUUUUAACAGUAAACUAUGUGUUAAAAACGUAUUUUGGAGUGUGUGAUUAUCAUGCAUAAAUGUAUAUUUCGAUAGGAAUACAAUAAAAUAGUGAGGUUUAAACUAAGUUUCGAUAAAGACAUGGAAGACAGAAGUGGAAGUGCAUAUCGUUUAAACGCUUUUGUUAUAAACAUCGGAUUAAAUCUGUCAACUUAAUUGUUUUAAAAAUUGGAUUAACGAUGGCAUUAAGGUAAGCGUGUCGGAAACCUGUGUUUUCCCGGUUCGAAUGCUUACACGUUUAUUUACAUAAACUGUAUUCAUACGCGUCUUAAAUAAACUAUGGCGUACCGUUUUAGUCAUUGUUUUGUCAGUUUUGUUAAAGUAAAUAAUACAUUUGUUUACUGUUUUCGUUAGUUGUUGUAUAUAAUAAAAGGAAUAUUACGCUAGUCAAUUGUUCCAAGAGUUUGUAUCACUCUCGUGGCUUGUGCUAUUUCGCAUAACACUCGAGGCUCCGCCUCUCGUGUGAUACGUCAUCACACAAGCCACUCGAGUGAUACAAACUCUUAGAACUAUUGACUAGCGUAAUAUUCCGUAUAUAUUAUAACGUUCGAGUCAACGACAUUGUAACGAAAUCACAUCAUAUGAGUACAAAGAAAACAAUAAACAACGUUUGUAUUAAUAUUGCUUCAGUUAUGUGUGUAUUGUCACUUUGCGGCGUUUUGCUCUUUGCAUGAAAGCGUAAUUUAGUGAGGUAUAUUAACGAACCCACCAAUUUGUACUCAACAUUUGUUCGUAUUGAUGCAUUUGCACCAUACUAAUAUGGUGAUUGCAUAUAAACGUAGCAUUCAUUACGUAAUCAUAGAAAGAUUACUUUCAACCAUGUAUUCGCUUUAACGCAAAAAUUCACAUUGUGUAUAUAUUUACAACGUGUACUUGUAUUACGAUUAUCGUCAGUAAGAUGUAUAUCAUAAUUAGAUCAUUGAGGUUCUGUUUGUGUGCAAAUUUAUGACGAAGCUUCUUACGCCAUCGCAGAUCUCUUUCAAUAAGAGGUCUACCCACCGCAACUGAUCACCAGUGCCGAAUAACUGCAUUCUCUACUUGCGGAAUAAAUCAUAGAAAACAUCUGUGAGUCGCGCAUGCGUGGUUUACAAAUACAAAUACAUUUAUCAAGAGAAUAUUACAUUAGUAAAGGACAAUAAUCCAUAAAAUAUAUAAUUAUGUGAACAAAAGUGCAUGCUAUUAUUAGAGUAUCUAGAAAAUAAACGAUGACUGUAUCUGCUUAACUGUGCAUAUGAAUGGAUUAUAUUGUAUUACUGUCCUCUUACAAUCAGCAGUAAAGGCAAAAGCAGCGAUUAAAAGUAUCUGCCCUAGUAAUGUGCAAUUUUUUUCGAUUCAAACUCUUUUUUAUAUGUUCAAAUUAAUUUUUAAAGUGUGUUAUAACCAUGUUUUCUGAAUUUAUAUAAAACGUUAUCACACGAACUUAAAAAGUAGUAGCUUCCCAUGCCAGUUUGUACUUAGGUUUUAUUGAUCUAGUACUUUGCUUCAUUGAGUCUAUCCAAAUAAAAUGUUUGUUGGCAUAGUUAAUGGUUGGUCAAGAGCACCUUGAAAAUGCAUGAGGCAUGUUUAACGUACAAUUAAGGGAUGAUCCUGAUCCGACAGGAAGUAGAGAUUUGUCAUAGGUAAAUUGAAAUAUUUUAUAUUCCAUGUCUUUUAUGGUUUUUAUUUUUAUUUCUUUGUUUUCCCUUAUUUCUAUAGCAAGAAUGUAUGUACAUAUAAUAAAAAUUUAAACACUCAAUGGGUUUCCUUUACGACAGCCCCUUUCUUUACAGAUGUAGUUCGACAAGAAUCCAUGUAUUUGUAUUGAUGCCAUAGUAUAAUGCAAGAACAUGGAUAUCCAUUUUGGAACAUUUGUCCGAAAUUUAAAAAAAAUAGUUAUUUCUAUAAAGUGGAAAGACAGGGUAUCGAAUGUUUGUUUGCUUUUAAAUCACGUGUCAUUAGUAAUCCAUGUAAAAUAUUAUCAUCAACGUAUUUGAAGAUGUCACAAAGUUAUAUUGUGUUUUCACCGAUAAAUCGUCCUUAAAUGAAACCAAUGUGAUUUUUCGAGAUUUUAAUAUCAAGUACUGUUUUAGUCUAUUUGCAAUUGAUCCUGAUGCUAAUUUGUAAACAAUAUUUAAUAAUGUUAAUGGUCUUAGAUUUUUCAGAUGACAUCUAGGCUUGUUUUCUCUUUGAAUGCAAGUUAUAACUCUAUGUUUGUGUGCUAUGGAUAAGGAGUUUUUAAGUAAAGCAUAAUUUAUAUUAUUAUUAUAUAUUAUAUAUUCUUACAACAAAGUGGCAUAACGUUUUGCCAAAUGUCUGAAAAUAUUCAGCAGUGAAUAUUUCAGAGCCUGUACUUUUGUAAUGUUUCAUAUGUUUAAGCGUGUAUUAAUUAUUAAUUCCAUUAUUUUUCUUGUUGGUUUAUGUUAAUAUAAUGUUUAAUAGAAUAAAACAGCUUUGCCAAAAUUUCAUGUUGAUGCUGCAAUUAAACACCGUCUUCUAAUUGAAUACAACGUAUCGACUAGUUUACAUAAUGAUGUGAUUCCAGCGAGCAAAAGUAUCUGAUAGAUUUUUCCCCAUCUUUUAUCAAUUUAGUUUCAGAACGAAAAAGUGUAGUUUCGCUUAAAUUUUCUAUUCGAUGUUGUUGGUUAACAAGUUGUCCUUCACUAAUGUAAUUUAAUAAUUGUACAAGUCUUAUAAGUUUCAAUAAUUAAAUUUGAUUUUUGUUUAGUUUAGCUUAAUAUGACGAGAAUGACAUUGUUUAUCUCUGAUUUCCAUCAGAUAUGUUUGGUAGGAAUAACUGGUCAUUGAUAAUAAACUGUAUAUAAUGAUUGGCAAUAUUUAUACCCCCACAAACGAAGUUUAGGGGGUAUUUAGGAGUGAACUUGUCUGUCGGUCGGUCGGUCGGUCUGUCUGUCGGUCCGUAUUAAGUGUCCGCUCUCUAAUUCAAGUAGUUUUCAUCCGAUCUUCGACAAACUUGGUCAGAAGUUGUAUCUACAUGAUGUCUAGGCGAAGUUCGAACAUGGGCCUUGCCGGGUCAAAAACUAGUUCACGGGGUCACUAAGUGCGUUUUAAACAUUCAGCAUGUUGUCCGCUCUCUAAUUCAAGUAGUUUUCAUCCGAUCUUCACCAAACUUGGUCAGAAGUUGUAUUCAGAUGAUCUUAAGGCCAAAUUCGAGCAUGGGCCUUGCCGGGUCAAAAACUAGGUCAGGGGGUCACUUAGUGCGUUUUUUAACAUUCAGCAUGGUGUCCUCUCUCUUAUUCAAGUAGUUUUCAUCCGAUCUUCACCAAACUUGGCCAGAAAUUUUAUCUAGAUGAUCUGAAGGUCAAGUUCCAACAUGGGCCAUGUCAUAUCAAAAACUAGGUCACAGGGUCACUAAGUACGUUUAACACAUUGAGCAUGGUGUUCGCUCUCUAUUUCAAGUAGUUUAAAUCCGAUCUUCAACACACUUGGUAAGACGUUGUAAAUAGAUAAUGUGUAGGUCAAGUUCGAACAUGGGCCAUGUCUGGUCAAAAACUAGGUCACGAGGUCACUUAGUGUGUUUUAAAACUCACCAUGUUGUCCGCCCUCUAAUUCAAGUAGUUUUUAUCCAACCUUGACCAAAAUUCGUCAGAAGUUGUAACUGGAUAAUUUCUAGGUCAAGUUUGAAUAUGGGUCAUGCCGGGUAAAAAACAAGGUCACGGGGUCACUUAGUGCGUUUUAAACAUCACAAUGUUGUCCGCUCUCUACUUCAAGUAGUGUUCAUCCAAUAUUCACCAAACUUGGUCAGAAGUUGUAUCUAGAUGAUGUCUAGGUCAAGUUUGAAUAUGGGUCAUGCCGGGUCGAAAACUAGGUCACGGGGUAUCUUAGUGCGUUUUUAACCUCAACAUGUUGUCCGCUCUCUAAAUCAAAAAGUUUUCAUCCAAUCCUCACCAAACUUGGUCACAAGUUUUAUCUAAAUGAUCUCUAGGACAAGUUUGAACAUUGGCCAUUCCGGGCCUAAAACUAGGUCACGGGGUCACUCGGUGCGUUUUUUAACAUUCAGCAUGUUGUCCGCUCUCUAAUUCAAGUAGUUUACAUCCGAUCUUCACCAAACUUGGUCAGAAGUUUUAUGGAGAUGAUCUUAAGGCCAAGUUCGAACAUGGGCCUUUCUGGAACAACAACUAGGUCAAGGGGUCAUUUAGUGCGUUUUAAAAAUUGAGCAUGGUGUCCGCUGUUUUUUGUGAAGACGACAUGCAAAAUAUUAUGUGUCAAUGCGGCAUGUGGGGGUGUUCGUCACGUCUGUGACAAAGCUCUAGUUUCAAUUGUUUCCAAGUUGCAGAUCGGAAUUCAAUAUGGCUGAUAAACAUUUGCAUUUUCAAAGUAUUAAUGUAGUUUGAAUAGUCUAUAUCCUUUAACAAGGAAUUGUUGAAAUUCAAUAGCCUUUUUCCAUGUGCUAUAUCAUCAAAACUUAGUUCUAGGUCAAUAUUGGAGUGAUCUGAUGUAUAGAAUGAAUACAUAGUAGAUUGGAAGUAAGACAAAAAAUCAAUUAUAGCCUGCUGAAAUGGUGUCAUUCACCUGCAUGUAUAUUGUUGCAUAGUGCCCUUUAUAUAUGUAAAAGUAUUAAUUAUAUUGUUAUCUCUAAAAAUACCUUGUUAUGUUUUUCUUGCAUUUUAUUAUAAUUAAUGAUUAUGAUAAUCCAAGUUAACGUCUGAUUCACAAUUAAAGGCUCCGCAUAUCACGAUUUUAACAGUUUGAACUUUUGAACUUUUUGAACUGGUCUUUAAACAAGAUGGGCGUGUCUUUGUUAGGUCCAUAUUGUGGACAUAUGUUAAACCCAAUUGUCAUUUAUGUUAAAUCCAAUAAAGUUUAGUUACCAAGUGAGUCAUUUUAAAUGUUAUGAGAUCAAAAUGUACAUGUUUCAAUGUUUCACAAAUGAUUGUGGUUACAAAAAAAACAAGUGGGUUGGUUCACAUCAAAAUACAUGAUUUUGCAACAUAUAUGUUGUUGUUUUUGUACAUAUUUUUGUAUAAGAAGUGAUUUUACAACAUAUAUGUUUUGACAUUA